CCCCGGGGCCCCGUGGAUGCCGCCGAGAUGGGCAAGGUGCUGUCCAAGAUCUUCGGCAACAAGGAGAUGCGGAUCCUGAUGCUGGGGCUGGACGCGGCGGGCAAGACCACCAUCCUGUACAAGCUGAAGCUGGGCCAGUCGGUGACCACGAUCCCCACGGUGGGCUUCAACGUGGAGACGGUGACGUACAAGAACGUCAAGUUCAACGUGUGGGACGUCGGCGGGCAGGACAAGAUCCGGCCCCUGUGGCGGCACUACUACACGGGCACACAGGGCCUGAUCUUCGUGGUGGACUGCGCCGACCGCGACCGCAUCGACGAGGCCCGCCAGGAGCUGCACCGCAUCAUCAACGACCGGGAGAUGCGGGACGCCAUCAUCCUCAUCUUCGCCAACAAGCAGGACCUCCCCGACGCCAUGAAACCCCACGAGAUCCAGGAGAAACUGGGCCUGACGCGGAUCAGGGAUAGGAAUUGGUACGUGCAGCCCUCCUGUGCCACCACGGGGGACGGACUCUACGAAGGGCUGACGUGGUUAACGUCCAACUAUAAAUCCUAAUGGCGGGGGGUGGGGGACACGCACACGCGCGCACACAUACGAAUGAAACUCUUUUAGGCUAUGGAGAAUUUAAGGAAAAUGAAUGAAUAAAUAAAUAAAUAAAGAAUUAACCCACGUGGCUUCCCAGAAGACCGGUUCUUGGCAGAAAAGCGAAGCAUCCAUAGGAUUAUGAUCACCUCUUCUCCCACGACCGCCCUUUUCUUCGACACAGUGACUGGAUUCCUAUUUUAACUCUUCUUGCUUGGCAUUAGGAUGCUCUAAUCGUCAAAUGUGACACGAACACAAGCACUAGAUGCUAUGGCAGACUUCCAGCAAACAGGGGGAAAAGACACGUUGUAGAUUUGCUAAGUAACUUUUUUUUUUUCCAUUCUUUCUUGACUACCCUUUUUUUUUCUUUCCCCCUCCCCCCCAUUCCUCUGGGGUGGGAGGAGCAAGGUUACCUCUCGGUGUAUGCUUUCUGGCUCUAUUUUUUUUUUUUUCUUUGAAUUGCUGUAGAUUGCUACUUUCUUGCAUUCAUGCAGAAUAUGUUGAUAGGUCCAUUUCAUCUAGUAAACUAAAAAUGAUUGCUUAAAAUCAAACCGCAGUCUGUCUUUUUAUAUGGAGGACUUUUUAAAAAAAAAAAAAAAAAAGUUCUGCUGAUCUGUAAUUAGUGACUUGAAAUUUUGUCUUUUUCAUCUCCAAGACUAAUAUGAAAUUAAAAAAAAAAAAAAAAGUUUGCCUACAGCAGCAGGUAGUGAGAAUACUGUUGUAAUGCGUUCAAAGUGUAUAUCAGGUGUAAUGUUAACUAGGUAAUGUAAGAACUGCUUGAAAUGUCAGCUGUGAAGUUCUGAACCAUACAUCAUGCAUGAGUAGGGAUGCAAGUAGGUCCCAUACAGCAUAGCAACCAUAUAGCAAGUAAGAUGUGAAUGAUGUAAUAGUUUCAGGGUAUACUCCUAUUCAGUUCCUGUCUUGCAUUGCAGCUAAAUAUCACUGACUCUUGUGAUCAUAAUCAGUUAGUUACACACCAGACUCCCAUUUCAAUGCAAGAGAUCUCCAGAAAAUGUAGCAAUAAUGUGAUGAUUUUACUUAAAAUCAAAACUGUGGGCAAAAAUCAGACCCCGACUUCCUUGUCUUGCAGUACAGGAAAUAAAUGUUUGUGUUGACUCCUU